CCUAAAUGGGUCAAAAUCUAAGACAAGGCUUACUGUCCAAAUGAAUGGGAACUGGACUCUCUAUCAUGGGGGACUCUUUGUCACAUUACACUGGCCUCACCAAGGUAUAUCAAUUCUCAUUAUUAUUUACACAAUACAUUACGGAACACCCUAAUCUAAUGGAUUCUAAGUUAAAUUUUUAUCUGAAUUUGAAUCAUUAUUAUUAUUCAAAAUCAUUUUUAGGUCCGACUUACGAAGACUAGUCAUUUUGCAAGAUGUGAAGACAGGGAUACAUAUGUUUCUGGGCAUUUACAAUUUCGUGCAGAAAGUCAAAAAAUAUUUUGCAAAAAAAUUGUACUAAUCUGAAGUUUAUAUUUUAAUUGGAGGGUGACACUACUGCCAGUUUAUCUUUCUAAAUAUUUUACUGACAUCAGUUGAAUGGAAUUUUUUUUUUCUUACAGUGUCUGCAAAACAAGUUGAAAUCGAUGCAGGCCCAUUACAUAAAGUGUUAAUUACUUCCGACAAAAUUUGCACACCUAACCCUUUGACAUUCAUUAACUUAAUAUGUUAAAGAAAUUAUGAAAUAUAUGAAUUCAUUCCGGAAGUUCACAGUCAGGUUAGACCAUGGCAGGAAGCUAACGAGACAGUGUUUCCAGACAGUGUAAAACAACCCAGACAAAAUUUCCAACAUUUCUUGAAGUCUUUCAAAACUGUAUUCACUAGGUGUAACAAUCUAUGCAAAAGUUGUAAGAUCAGAGUGAUCAAAAUAAAAACACACAAUUGCAGUGUCAAUGUCUGACAAUUACAAUGUAUGUAAAUAAAUAAAUAUAUAAAUAAAUAUAUUUGAGUUCCAAUUUAAAAGUGUAAACAAAGCACAACUCCAGGCACCAAUGUAACCAGUACAUGACACAAACAAACAUCACUUUUACUCAAAUCAGUGACAAACAACUCUUGGCAUUAGAACAAUAAUCUCCAUUCCUCAUCCCUCCACCUUAUCCAUAUCACUGUUCUCCAUCAGCACCAAGGGACUGGCAAAAUUUUAAUGACACUCCUGAUUGCAAUCAAGUAGAGUCCAACCAGGGUUACCUGUCCCCAGGUAAACAAUAGGUGACACUCUUAAUUGCAGGGUUAAGCUGGUUACCUGGGCAGGGUGUACCACACCUAUCUGUGCAAAACUCAGGUGAGCAAUUAUAGUCACUCUUGAUUGCAAUCAAGACAAUUUACCUAGGCUACCUGGCUACAGGUAAACAAUACCUGAUCCCCCUCUUAACUGGAUGGGUGAACUUUUUACCUGGAACUUGUUAACAACUAAGUUAGGUGCUAAUCAACUGUGUCACAAACACUCCUGCCAACUUUGUAUUAAAAUCCAAUCAACCAAUCACUGGUAACAGUCCAAAGUCAACUUGACAGGGUGGCCAAUCAUAGGUGUGGAGACAAAGUGGCAGCUGGCAGGUUGUUGGCAUGUUAUAAAAGGGGAAGCCCCAUGGCAUGUGUGACAUUUCUGGUGUCAACCUGCCAGCAUCAAGUGUCAGCCUCUGUGUCAGGAACCAAGAAGUUAUUGUUGUGGAAACAAGAUACACUGCCAUCAAGUACAAGGUGCCAGCAGUGCCAGUCUCAACUGCUAAGAAGUGUCAACUGCCAAAAAUAGUGUCAACUUCCCCAAAUGGAGAGCAAGCUGAAGACACCUGUUUGUGACAACUCAGAGGUUACAUCGGACCAUGCGCCAGGUCUCUAUUCCUGCCGUCAAACAGAUUCCUCCAUGACGCCUAGUUCACCAAGCACCGAGCAGUCCGUCGGGCAUUUCUCUUAUCCGUCACUUACCCGAGAGGCACCAGGAGCAAGCGUAGGCACUGGGGCGGACUACAUGGCUUUAUACAACUUGCUGCAACAAGAGUGCUACUCCACCAACGUGCCCUCCAGCCUUCUCUGCAGCCUCCCCCGUCCGACACAAGUCCCCAUCAAAACACGAGCGUCGUUUCUGGAGCUGCAGUUCAUGCGUCUCCAGUUCAAAGCCAGGGAUCAGGUGAGAGACUUACGCAGUGUGUAUCUGGAUCAACGACAUCAGCUGGAUGGGGAACGUCGUCAGGCUCUAGCAUCCGUCACCAGUGCUGGCUCCGACCCUGUUAAACAAGCUAUCAAUCAUCAUUACGAUACGAUUGAAUACCAGCUGGUGGAGCGUGUGCAGAAGAGUCUACAGCUACUAGAGCAGUUCGUCUCUCAGAGGACAGACACGGAACACUCAAAUCUUCUGACUGUCACUUGUGACGCAGACUUUGCACGCAGCCACGAAAGUCCCAUUUCACCUGAAGCGCCAUCUAUACCAGAGACCUACAAAGCACCUGUUCCGAACAAUCGUGAAAAUUGCGACAAUUUUACAAGUCCCAUGACCACAUCUCCUCCAUCUUGUGGUAGCACAGUCGUCUCCUCAACAGUCACAUUGACUCAGCGGAAACCCAAGGGAAAAUGUCGCCCAGCUCCAUACAUUCCACGUCCAAGUAACCAAAGUUUUUUCACAAGCCCACUUCGAAAAUGGCUGUCUGAGAAUGGAUACAACCUAUUUCCUAGCCACAAGGUCAUUACGGAGCUGUCUCUCACGACGGGUCUGACUGUCACUCAGGUUACACGGUGGUUUGAGAACCAGAGGGCAAGACUUGCUAAAAGGGCAGCAAACUUAUCAUGAACUUGUCACAAUCUAGAACUGUUUGUAUGAUCACAACUUUACAGUUGCCAAACAAGCCUCAUACUUCUCUUGAAGUGAAACUGUUUGUACUAUCAGAAUACAAUACUGCCUAAGACACUUUAUUCUUUUCAUGAACUAGGAUCGUUAGUAGUCAGAAUGUGAUAUUGUACUUGCCAAAUAACAACCUCUGUUAAUAGCCAAUAGAACCCCUUACAAAGUAAAUGAUGUACUUCAAAAGAAUAUUAAAUGUAAACUUGUGUCUAAUUAUGUAAAUAUUGUAAAUAUUUUUGUAUCAGUGUGUGCAAAAUUGGAACUAUCUGUACAUUUAUCUGCCUAAGCAUGUAAAAUGAAUCUUGUUCAGAGGUUUGAUUUCAGUAAUAAUACUGUUAUACAAUUUUUCAUUUCCAAAUCUCAUACUCUGUCAAUCUUAAUGGUAGCUUAGUCUUUUCUCCAGAAAGUUUGUCAAAUGUACCACUGGUUGCAUAACAUAAUAUUUCACUUAUCAUUGUGACUAAUUAUUUAUUCUAUGGUAUAUACAGCUGAGGUCUCAUGUCUGCCAAAUGUUGCAUGCACAUCUUGUGUAAUUGUUUCUAUGUUACAGUAUUAAAACAAUAUAUCAUCAAAUGCCUUUUUUCUUGGUGCACAUUCUUUACCAAAUACUUGAUGAUAAGUAUUUGUGCUUGCAGAUAUUUAGUAGACUUAUAGAGAGUUUUCCCAGUCAAAAAACUAUAUCCCUACUGGUCACUUUCUGAAUUUUCAACACCAGGAGAAGUCACAUGUCCAUAUGUGACUUAAAAGUUUAUGGAAAGUGGAAUUAACUUGAUUCUAGGAUGAGACUAACAUCUUAAGAUAAUUCACAAAUGAGCUUUUAGAUGCCAGUCAACAUUCAAUUAGCAUUCUCAAACUACAAUAACUAUGACAAGCUAUCUGUGCAGAGCACAACGAACCCCAUUACAUCCUUUCAUAUCACCUACUUCAGGUUGAAAUAAUCCAAAAUAUUGUUUAAAUAAUUCUGUGACAACAACAUGUUAACAUGGAUGAAAGUUGUAGAAACUGUAAAGCCUGAUGAUAUAACUUGCAAUUUCUCAUUGGAUUUAGACCACUUCAAAAAUGAAAAAAAAAAAUCAAAAUGAGGGCUGAAAAUCCUGAAAUCAGGCAUCAUCCUAAAAACUCUCACCCAUGUUUAGUACAACACAGCAAAACAUAUACAUCAGGGUCUUUCUUUGUUUCCCUGCCUCUUUGAGAGGAGUUCACAAUUCCUAAUAUGACAUC